CACUAGGCUGCGAGGUUUUUUAAAAUUGAGAAUUGUAAACAAUUUACGUUGUUUUACCGCAGCGAAUCUUGGCGAAUCUUGGAUAAAGUUGAGGAAAAUCAACACGUCAAGGAAUCUGUCUUGCUGGCUCGCCGCUGGUGUGCUGCUGCUGUGCGUGUGUUGUAUGUGUGUUUCUGUGGCGGUGUGUGCAAUUUUUUCAACAUUCAAUCCGCGUGUGUUUUGUGUGUGCCCCCGAGGAACGGAACGGAACGCGUGGCCCAGCCCCGGGACAAGAGAAGCCGCAAGCCCCCAGUGCAGCAUUAGACCAGACCAACGGACCAGAUCACGUCUUUCCAGUCGUAGGAACAGUGUUUCUACUACCAGCAGCACUGAGCCAAAUGGAAACGUAGUCAGAAGCGCCGCCAGCGCCAGCACCGAGCAAGCAGCCAGCAGCAACAUUGUCGUCGUCGUCAACAGCAGUAGUAGCAGCAGCAGCCCAGCUCCUCUGUCAUCCCCAUCAGCAGUAGCAGAAGCAACAGCAGCCUCGUCCUCGUCCUUGGCAGCAGCAGCUCCCUUUAUAGCACAGAAAGAGCUCCCUGGAACAGAAGUGGAGAUGUGCUCUUGUGAUAAUCAGAACCUUGCAACAUCCGCAACGAAUGCAACAACUUCCAAUGGCAUUAAACGUAAACGGCGUUUAAGCAGCAGCGACUCCAAUGAUGAUGCAAAGGAUCCCGAACUCGGCUUUGAGCCACCAUCGGCCAAGCGGCAGCAGCGUCUGCCUGCCAUCUAUGGCAGCGAUCAAAGCAGCAAUCUCUCCUCUGUGGCCUCCUCGGUGUACACCUCCCCUGGCCAGAGCACCCAGGAGCUGCUGAGCAUACGCAGCUCGCCGGCAGAUGAGUUGCCAGAGGCCUCGCACAGUCCGCUCCCCGACAGCCCCGACAGUCCGCCCAGUCCAGAUCGCGGCUCGGCCAAGCAGGCGCCCGUUGUAGUGCGCUACGCUGUGGACCAGGUUAGCAGCAACAGUCUGCCAGCAGUGACAGGGUCGCAGGACCAGCAUGAGGGGGAUGAUGAUUUGCUAGACGAUAGCUGCGAGGAGUAUUCGUACGGCGAGGAGGAUGAAUUGGAUGAGGAGGACGAUGAGGAGAUUAACUCGUCGACUAUUUCGCCAGCCUCAUCGGGCGGCAACCCGCCCAUGCCGAUCUAUGGGCCCACGCUGAGCAACAUCGUCAAGGACAUGUCAUGUCACGGACACGGCAUAUCACAGCUCGAAGAGUACUCGGGCCUGAAUUGCAUGUCACCAGCGGUGGAGAGCUCGCUGCGUCAGUGCCCCCUGCCGGCCUUGACCUGGGCCAAUGCGGCCGAUGUGUGGAAGCUGAUGUGCCAUCGGGACGAGCAGGAUUCGCGCCUGCGCAGCACCACCAUGCUAGAGCAGCACCCGGGCCUGCAGCCGCGCAUGCGGGCCAUCCUUCUGGACUGGUUGAUCGAGGUGUGCGAGGUGUACAAGCUGCACCGGGAGACCUUCUAUUUGGCCGUUGACUACCUCGAUCGCUAUCUGCAUGUGGCCCACGAGGUGCUGAAGACGCACCUGCAGCUGAUUGGCAUCACGUGUCUGUUUGUCGCCGCCAAAGUGGAGGAGAUCUACCCGCCGAAGAUUGGCGAGUUUGCCUACGUCACCGAUGGCGCCUGCACCGAGAGAGACAUCCUUCAGCACGAAAAGAUCCUGCUGCAGGCCCUCGACUGGGACAUCAGCCCCAUCACCAUCACUGGCUGGCUGGGCGUCUACAUGCAGCUGAACGUGAACAACCGCACCCCGGCCUCGUUCACCCAGAUCGGCAAACAGAAUGCCACCGAGAAGGCUGCCGAUGAUGCCUUCAUAUAUCCCCAGUUCUCGGGCUUCGAGUUUGUCCAGACCUCGCAGCUGCUGGAUCUGUGCACUCUCGACGUAGCCAUGGCCAACUAUCCGUACUCGGUGCUGGCUGCGGCCGCUAUUAGUCAUACAUUUAGUCGUGAGACGGCCCUCCGUUGUUCUGGCCUGGACUGGCAGGUGAUCCAGCCCUGUGCUCGCUGGAUGGAGCCCUUCUUCCAGGUGAUCUCCAAGAAGGCCGCCUACCUGCAGGUGAAUGAGCAGAACGAACAGGUCAGCAACAAGUUCGGACUGGGCCACGUCUGCCCCAACAUUGUCACCGACGAUUCGCACAUCAUUCAGACGCACACCACUACGAUGGACAUGUAUGACGAAUUGCUUAUGAUCCAGGAUGCUAUACACGCGAUGCGAGCCCGGACCCAGGCCUCGCCGGCCACAGCGCUGCGCGCCCCGGAGAGUGUUCUCACGCCGCCCGCCUCUAGUCACAAGCCGGACGAGGAGCUGGGCGAUGAGGACGAACCGUCCGCGAGCAGCAGCAGUAGUGGCAGCAAAAGCAGCGGCGGAAUCAGUAGCUCCACCUCCUGUCACGCGGCCCAUCGCGAGAAUAUUGCCACAGCUGGCAGCAUAAUGGCUGAGAACAGCAGAGGCAAUCGCUGAUAGAUCCAGCGCAUGCAUCAAGCUCACAAACACACACCACGCCCGCCCAAACAGUUUUUACGUUAAGUGUUUCUUAUAAUUAAAUUAUUUAUGUUAAGUGAAAAGUUAUUAGUUGCCUAAUUCCUAUGCUACAAAAUAUUUAAUUUCAACUUUUGCAAGCGCCCCUCCCUCUUUUUUUUUGUUUUUUCGGCUUGAUAAUUUCUUCGUGGCCCGAUUUUUUGCUCAGUUUAAUAUUUAAAUAUGUGUAUUUAUCCAAAAUCAGAAAUAUAAUCAUAAUUGUACACUCCUAACUACCUAAAGAUACAGAUAUGCAUAAAGAGCAUAGAGCGUAGAGCACACGUGGAAAACUGAAUAGAUCCUUAGAUCCUAAUACUAGUAUACCUGCUGAAAGGGAGGCAUACCCUCAAAUGAAACAAUAUGAAAUUGAAAACAGGAAUAUAUAUACACAUAUAUAUAUAUAUAUAUAUAUAUAUAUGUAUGAGUAAAUUGUUGACAAUCGAUCAGAUCAUGUCCAGCAGAGCCAGAGAACCAGUCAGAGUCAUCCACUCAUCAAUUACCAAUUUAAUCAUUAAGCGCAAGAUUAACAAAACUAAACUGACGUAGAAAGCGAUGGCAGGAGGCGCAAAUCACUUGACUAAUCAACUAAAACUAGAAUAUAAGUUGAGGGAAAUGCCAGAACUAGAACCUGCAUAUGUAAUGUAGAUGUAGUAACUAAACCGACUAAUGCUAAGCCCUGCAUUUCCAUUCAACGAUUAAAACCACUAACAAUGAAUCAAACAAAGACAACAAGUCCACAGCUGACAUGGAGUGACAAAGAGUAAUGGCAUAAUUGAAGCAUACAACAUACAACAUACGAGUAUAUGUAUAUCCUGAAUCCCUGAAUUGAACGCAAACUACAGAAAGAAUAACUGUAGAAAAUACUUACCCCUUACAUGAGUGCACAUGUAAUGUAACAUUUUUUAAUUUAGACUAAUUUGCCAUAAUUUGCUAAGCAAAUAAAUCCUGUAUAUAAAGAAGAAACACACACAUACGCACACACAAAAGGAGCAUACCGACAAAACGCAAACUGAAACGCAUAUAGUAUAUUAUUAUAUAAGUGUAGGAUUUCUAUAUACGGCUACGAUAUGUUUUGUAUAUUGAAAUUGAAAUAUUGAGGCAAUAGUGCCCCGCUAGACAAUUAUUAUUAGUUGCAUAGUUUAGGCAUAGGUAACAAUAAGUGUUCAUACGAUUAAGGAUGGAAUGAAAACAGAAAAACCACAAAAACAACGACUAAAAGAAAAGAAACAAAAACAAAAAAAUUGUAUCUAUUUAUGUUUUAUUUGUAGUUUUUAAAGGCAAUAUUCAUUUGAUUUUAAACAAUUUCACAAGUACGCUUAUACCCCAAUAAACAAUCUAUACCGGAUUACACAUAAAUAAACUAUGAAAGUCAUGUUGAAUUCAACGGAUAAAUAAAUUAAUUCUUGUAAAUACUAAUAAAUGAAUAUUCUGUGAUUUCAUUUGGGAUAUCCACUCGAACCGUAUUGACAUUCGAACCUGAAGUGGGGUUCCGUUUUGAGAGUUGAAGUAUCGUCAAGUCCAUAUCCCUUAACAAUUGAUUUUUUAGCUUAUAAACGCUCCAAUUAUUAUUUGUAUAUUUAACCUUUUUUUGUAUAGCUAGCACCCAUUUCCUAAAUAUUUAAUGUAUUGAAAUAAACUUCUCAGACUGUUGUCAAGUGUCAUUUAUUAUAGCCAGGCGAGCAAAUGAUCUUGAAAAAUAAUAAAACAUACAUUAAGCAA